UUUGCGGACGUCACAAAUAUCGCAUAUUGUAAUCUAUGUGAACAACAUAUAAAACAGGAAUCAGACUUGAAGUUAGCAACAAAGUAUUGAUAUCAGCAAAACACACUCGUUUAAAUAACAAGAUAAAGCAGCAAAGUAGCUAAAUUUUAUCAUUAAUAAACAGAUAAAAAUUAAACAAUAGGUGUGACUUCAAAACGUAAUGCUUAAUUAGUAAACCAAAUUGGUACAGUUCACUGCAAUUAAAAAUGUCCGGUAAAAUCUUAUAUGGCAAAAAAAGCUCCGUGCCUAAAGACAGGAACAUGGGCAUGGGGCAGCUAUUCUUCGAACAGGCAGAGAAGAUUGGCGACCAAAUUUUCCAGAUAGACGCCGAUACAGACAAAAUGGAAACUUACCGAGAAGUCAAAACACGCUCGGUACGUGUUGCCAUCGAGCUUAGAAAACUAGGCAUCGAAUCCAAAGACGUGGUGCUAAUCUGCUGCAAGAACAACUUAGACAACAUAGUUCCUUUGCUAGCGUCGUUUUACCUCGGAGCCUACGUGGCUUCGGCAGACCCCAAGCAAACAAGCUUCGAUGUAGAUCAUAUCCUAGGUCUCGUGGAGCCUAAAGUUAUCUUUGUAGUGGAAGACGCGUUAGAUUUAAUUCAGCAAAGUCUCAAGCUCUACAGUUAUUCACCCGCUAUCGUGGUGAUCGGAAAAUCCAACGUCUACAAAACUAUGGCGGACAUGGAGGAAAAGAUCCCUGAAGAGGACAACUUUCGGCCUCUGGCUUUGACGGGAGAUCAUAUUGCGUUGAUAUCAUUCAGCAGCGGCACCACUUCGACUCCUAAAGGUAUAUGUGUUAGCCACUAUGCCGUCUUGUAUGGGUGGACCGGCACUGUGGAGCACAAUGCCUUUAAGCCCGACGUCUUUCUCCAUCGUUCCUCGUUAUAUUGGGGAGUAUACGUCAUAGCCACAGCGCUGUCCAUUGCGCAAGGCUAUAAAGUAGUCGUUGGUACCGACAUCGACGCUCAGAGGUUUCUACAGAUCGUCGACAAAUACAAGGUUACGUCUUUUUUUACGUCCAACAUGUUUUCGUACGAGAUUACGAGUUUAGGACGCGACAUCAUCAGCAAGUACGACUUGUCCUCGUUAUAUUCCUUCCUGAUAGGCGGUUCACCAGUAGAGCCCCGCCAAAUCUUAAAAUUAAGAGAACUGCUUCCGGGGGUCAAAGUGGCUUUGAUUUACGGUUCUACUGAAGCCAACACAAUCUCCACUUUUGAUUUUACCGAUGAAAAGGCAUACGACGCGAAAGUCUCCUCGUCCGGCACCCUUCUUCCUGACAUAGAACUAAAGGUUGUAGACGUGGAAACUUCAGAGUUGUUAGGACCCAACCAGCAGGGUGAAAUACUGGUAAGGAACCCGUACAUCAUGUCCGGGUAUUACCAUUUAAAUAAGCCUGACAGCUAUGACAACGAAGGGUUUUUAAAACAAGGCGAUUUGGGGUACUACGACGAAGACGGGUAUAUCUAUGUUAGGGAUAGAGUCAACGAGACUUUUAAGUAUCUCAAGGACCAAGUGUCGCCUUCGUUGAUCGAGAACGUUUUGAUGACUCAUCCUUCGGUUAAGGAAGCCGUGGUGAUUGGAGUUCCUCACCCCAUAGACACGGCUCGACCAGCGGCUUGUAUCGUGGUUAAUGAAGGUGUCCAAGUUGAUUUGGAGGAACUAGUGCUUUUCGUUAACAGCAAGAUGCCCGACAACCAUCACAUCAGAGCCGGCAUCAAGAUCGUCGAUGAAAUACCCAGAACACCUACCGGGAAAGUUCGAAGAAGAGCUAUCAGAGAUCUUUUCGUAGAAGAUUGAAAAAUUUGUUCAAAUACAUAA